GAAACAUACACCGCCAACGGCAUCGCUCUGUUGUGAUCACACGGGGCAACGGCAAACCACGCUGCACACUUGUUCGCAGGCGGCAUUCGAAGCGGUCGGACGCUUUCGCUCGAUACGACAAAGUUAAAGUAAACCGAAAAUAGUGCGGCGACCCAACGGACGGGCCACAAUUACACAGCUACACGUUACAGAGCGCUUAACGUUUUGCGUGGUGUUGUUUGCAGUGGAGAAAGAGAGAAAACAAAACAAAACAAAAGACCAACGUGCUUUCCUGCAGAGAGGGCGCCUCGCCUAGAAGUGAAAGCUGGAAUCACGUCAACAUCAGACACACACACACACACUCUGCCCGUGCCAACCCUUCGCAGCGGGAAGAUCUACGUUCUGCGCCCAGGCCCAGCUAAGGGGUAAGAUGAAACAAACCUAGACGACCGGAUCGUCCCAAACGGUAACAGCACAUACGCGAGCGCACCAGCCCAGCACCAGCAACGCCGCGCAUCGUCGGCCGAACUACACGCGCCGCACCCUACCGGACCAGGAGCGGGAAUGAUGCGCCCAAUCAGCACCAGCCAAAGCGUCAUGACCGACGCGCAGGGACUGAUCGUACCAAAGAAGCUGGCCAACCCGGUGCUCGAGUCGAUCGAUCGGCAAAAUCUGCACCGCGAGAUGAUGUUCAACCAGAAGAUUGGCAAGAGCGUCCUGAACCAAAAGUCCGAGCUGCAGCGGGCGCUCGAGAAGCAGAAGGAGCGCCAGGUGCUGGCGGCCCAAAACCUGGCCAAGCAGACGGAGCAAACGAUCGCGACCGAGCUCGGGCGCGUCAUCAUGCAGCGCGCCCAGCGGCUGGAGCAGCAGAAGGGGGGCAGCGGGACGGGCGGGACCGAUCCGACCGGCGGCUCGAUCAACCCGGAGUAUCUGAAUGCCCGGGCCAAGCUGCGGGCCACGGUCGACACGAAGUGAGCGGUCCCCAGGCAGCCGGUGCCAACUCCAAAGCCAGCAAAAAGGGUUGAGCAGGAGCGGAUGGGCCGUGUCCUGUGGGGUACCGGCGUUUCGUUUUUAGGCUUGCUUUUUUUUAACGUUUAGAUCCUACUUUUAAUCCCUCAACGUUACUCUAACGCGACCUCUUCGUAAAUGAGCAUUAGCAUUAGUUGUGCGGCAAAGCAUUCGGCAGCGGUAGCAGCAGCAGCCAUAGAAAUUAGGUUCGUGUCGGGUGUUUGCGAUUGUCGGGUGCGCAUGCAGCAGGCGUUAUUUCAGGCAGAAUGGAACGCGCCCCGUCGGUUGAAGGCUUCUGGGCGCUUUUACCCACGCGCGUGUGUGUCUGUGCCAUUUGACUGAAACCCGUUAGAGUGUGAAUGCGUGUUUGCAAUGUGUGUCUGCGUGUAUGUGUGUGUGUGUGUGUGAGAGUGUCUUUUUUACCCGCCAGUGAUACGCGAAGAGCAUGUACGUUUGUAGGAAUGUUUGGCAGGAAGCAAACAAGCAAAAAACAUGGAUGCAGUAGCGAGCGAAACCCGUAGGCUUUAAAUAGGAUUAGUGAAGAAUGCUCUGCUGCCUGCUGCACAAUGCGUAUUAUGUGUUUUAAAUCAUCAUCGAACUGUAUCUCCCUCUGUGUAUUGUCUGUAUUAUACUGUCGCUUUUCGAUUUGGACGUAGGUGUUUUAUGUUAGGUGCGUAUCGUUUUAAAAAACUCCGAAGCUUGCCGGUGUCUGGGAAAAGCAAUGGGGCAAUCCCUGUUGUCACUUAAAAUAUGAGAGAGAAAAAGCAUAGCACACACAGACAUUCAUUUUAACCCCCGAGCAAGGAACUGUGCAUGUGUGAGGGUGCGUAUGUGUGUGCAUAGGAAGUACUGCUAGCGAUACUGUUUGUUUAAGAGAACACAAAUUUACCACAGACACAAAACCCCCCCAUUUAGCGAGAAAGCAAUUACAAAUACAAAAUAGUCACUGAUAGUUCUUCCAACAAAAACAAAAUACAGCAAAAACGGUAAACAUAAACAGCUGAUGAUAUUUGUAACCCACCAUCACCCAGCUGCACAUUCUAAUAGAGACUGCGGUUGUAGGCGCGAUUGAGAGUUUUAUUUAUACACAAUCGGAUUUAGAGUGGAUUGUUUCGAACGUAGAUAAUCAAAAGGCCGAUAGGGGUAGAACCUAAUCCCUCCUCUACCUCCCUCUCAACCUCCUUUUAGGAAACCUACUCACCACGCCAAAAACGAGUUGCAUCACGAUCAGUCUUGUGUGCAGUUUGAUACCAAAUUGUGGAUUGUGUGGAGUGGUGGAGAAAAAUGAAAAUUAAAAAAAAAGGAAAGGGUAGGAAAAUGAUAACAAGACUUUGCAAGCGAGUGGGUUAACAGCGCAACACUAAAUGAAAGGCUGAACGAGCUGAACGGGUGGAUAAUGGUGUAAACUCAAUUUAUUGCAUUGCAACCUAACGGAUAACCACUGAAGCAUUUCUACCGUAUAUACAGCAAAGUAGUGGAAGAUAGAUAUAUAUAUUAUAUUAUAUACAGAGCAUUUUUUCUUCCUCUCAAUAUAAACCCGUGUUACUCAAGUUACUUGUUGUUCGUGCGGUCUGCCAGGAGCGUAUACGGACGGAGCGCAAGGAUCAGAAGGAUAAGGGGGCUGACGGCUAAGGCUAUAUUAUUGCUCAAAUAAUGCAACAAACAGGUCGGGCUCGGUGUUAUUUGCCGCCCAUGCCCACUCUCUUUCGUAUAAAAGAAGUGUGUGUGGACUUCGUGUAGCAUUUAGCCCCGUUUCUUUGACAAAUCUCGACACCUUUUUGCUCACCAAAACAAACGCCUCCGUUGCGUUUGUGCGUAGGAGUAGAGUAGAGUAACGCCACGGGGUAAGCGAUAUGCGUAUGUCCGACCGAUACGCUGCAAUCCUGUGUGGUUUGCAUUUUUUUUUUUUUUGCAAAACAGUAACAGGGCAGGAACAGGACAGGAAAACCCAAGUGUGCGACGAUGGUCUAGUUUGUGAUAGCAGCACCUAAACCCUACCCGAAAGGAAACAAACAAACACACAAUUAGAAACGAUAUGAGUUCAGCCGACGAAUGUCGAUGCUAUUGGAAAAUGCGAAGUUAACACGUGCACCCAAUCUAAUGGGGUUUUUGUUUCCUCCACUCACGAUACUUUUUAUCCAUAUCUGCUCGCAAAAGAAAAGAAAAAAAAACAAAUAUUUGUAACAAGCGAGUAGAGGCAACACAGGGAAGAACAUUUAUCAAAGAAACAAUUUAUUAAUCGAUUGGGAAUGCAUCUACCUUUAUACAUACAAAAAAAGCAAACAAAACAAAUUGGGCCUUAGCGUAAACAUCUUGAAGACUAGGUGGGAGUGGUAGAACGGAUCCAGAAAAGGAACACACACACAUACACAAUCAACAAAAUAUAUGUAAAUCGUACAGAUCGAAACGAACCACCGUUGUUAGGCAAGGGACAGAGAGAGAGAGAGCGAAUGGAAGGGAGAUAGUGGGAGAUAGUUUAGCUAAUGGAGGAGAUAUUUUAGCGCGAUGCAUGGUCAUGUGCCGGUAAUGGAUUAGAAUGGUGGCCGAGUAAAAAAAAAGGAAGAAAACAAUACGGUGCACAAUCAAUGUGAUUAUUGGGUGAUUUGGAAAUUAAAACAGAAAAGUAGUGCGUUGUGUUUUUUUUACUUAAA